AUGGCAGGAGCUCUUGCCCUUGGAGGAGGGGCACUGACCUUAGGGUUCAGAUGGAAUCGAAUGAUUGUCCGUGCUGAUUCGUCUGCUGCACCAAACUUUACUCCAACAAAAUUGAUUCGAUAUAACAAAGACAACCACGGUUUAAAAUUAACGUUAUUUCAAUUUCAAACUUGUCCAUUCUGCUGUAAAACACGAGCCUUCCUUGACUAUUAUGGGAUAUCUUAUGACGUAGUAGAAGUAAACUCGGUCACUAAGAAACAGUUAAAAUGGUCUCAGUAUAAAAAAGUACCAGUAUUAGUUGUUAAUGGAGUUGGAAAGGAUGGUUUUCUUCAAUUGAAUGAAUCAUCAGUAAUAAUGAGUUUACUAGAAUCUUAUUUAAUCAACCCAAAAUAUAAACUAGAAGAAUUGAAGAGUUAUUACCCUUGUAUAGAAUCGAAGGAGGGAAGAAAGGUGGUGUACGAUUUCCCGAAUAGAUAUUAUGUUAUGUAUGGAGCAGACGUAACUAAACAAGUCUACGAUGAGAGAAAACAAGAAAGAAAAUGGAGAUUUUGGUCUGAUGAUAAUUUAGUUCAUGUUUUAUCUCCCAAUGUUUAUCGAACUAUGUCCGAGUCUCUGGCAACUUUCCGAUAUUUUUCUGAUGUCGGAGAUUGGGAGAAGAAUUUUAGUAGAUUUGAAAGACUGAUGGUAAUUUAUGUUGGAGCAACUGUCAUGUAUUUUGUUGGAAAAAUGUUGAAAAAGAAACAUAAAUUAAAGAAAGACGUACGAGAAUCUCUGUAUGAUUCGUGUCGAGAAUGGACCCGAGCUCUCGGAACAAAACAACCUUUCAUGGGAGGCAAAAACCCUGAUCUUUCAGACUUGGCAGUGUAUGGGGUAUUGAGCUCUAUAGAAGGUUGUGAGGCUUUUCAAGAUGCCCUGAAACAUACCAAAAUAGGACCUUGGUACAACAGGACUAAAGAGGCAGUCAAAAAUAAUCUCGGAGCAUCAGUUCCACUCAGGAAAUAA